GCGUAACACGUCAGUCCGUCCGCAGGUUGGUUUCCUGGAGUGGCUGAAAGGGAUCAGUCCCAACCUGCGCGCCAGGAAUAACGCUGCUCCAGCUACAGCCGGGCUUUUUACCCUUUUUUACCACAUUUACCCCUCGGAUCCGCUUCUUCACCCCCCUCUCCGAAAGCUCCGCCACGGCUCCUCUACAAACUGCCCCCCUUUUUUUUCUUUCUUCUUUUUUUUUAUUCGUUACGACCAGCUCGACAAAGAUAGAAACGUAAACAACAAGACACUGAGGCUGCGCGCUGCUGCUGACUGACUGACUGACUGAAGGAGUCGCGUCCAUGCGAGCUGCUGCCAUCUGAUCCAGACACACACACACGCACACGCACACGCACACACACACACACACACUCCCCAUCAAUGAGGCAGCAGAUCAUGGCGGAUGGGCCCCGGUGUAAGCGGCGAAAACAAGCCAACCCGAGGAGGAAAAACGCAGUGUUGAACUAUGAGAACGUGGUGGAGACGGGAUCAGAGACAGAAGAAGACGACAAGCUGAUGGUGUCGGAGGAAGAUGUCCUACUGAACGGGGCAGGGAGUCCGGCCAGCCUGGCCAAUCACGAGCCGGCAGCGCCGCCUUCACCGAGACUGGGACACGCACUGAUGACGAAAGCUGAGGAAGAGGAUGAUGAAAUGAGGGACAGCGGCGUGGAGCAUGUUUGGCAUGAGAGCGAUAUGCUGAGAGCCUCAGUCGAUGGUACUGAUGAACUGAAAGAUGACUUUGACAGCAUGGGGCCCGAUGCCACUUUACAGCCAGUUGGGAAUGGUACAGUGAAGAGCCUGGAUUGUACGACCGAGUUCGAAGAGUUCUUCGCCAAGCGGAAGCUGGCUGACAGUGAGAGUCAUGUGGUCAGCAUCGCUGAAUACUUGCAGCGAGGCGACACAGCCAUCAUCUACCCCGAGGCUCCAGAGGAAAUUGCUCGGCUAGGAACCCCCGAGGCCACGGGACCCGAAGAUAUUGAACCGACACCUGGAACUCCAGAUGCUUUUGCCCAACUGUUGACCUGCCCCUACUGUGACCGGGGCUACAAGCGCUUGACUUCUCUGAAGGAGCACAUCAAGUACCGCCACGAGAAGAACGAGGAGAACUUCUCCUGCCCUCUGUGCAACUACACCUUUGCUUACCGCACCCAGCUGGAGAGACACUUGACCACGCACAAGUCAGGGCGAGACCAGCACCAACUGCUGAACCAGGGAGCUGGCAACCGCAAGUUCAAAUGCACAGAAUGUGGCAAGGCCUUCAAAUACAAGCACCAUCUGAAGGAGCACCUGCGGAUCCACAGUGGUGAAAAACCGUACGAAUGCCCAAACUGUAAGAAGCGCUUUUCUCACUCCGGCUCCUACAGUUCUCACAUCAGUAGUAAGAAAUGCAUCGGCCUAAUAACAGUUAAUGGCAGAAUGAGGAACAACAUAAAGUCUGGCUCCUCUCCAACCUCUGCCUCUUCUUCUCCCACCAACACCGCCAUCACACAGCUGAGACACAAGCUGGAGAAUGGCAAGCCCCUCAGCCUGCAUGACCAGUCCAACCACCUCAACAUCAAAUCUGAACCACUGGACUUCAACGACUACAAGCUGAUGAUGGCCUCGCAUGGCUACGGUACACCAGGACCUUUCCUGAAUGGCGGGAUGGGUGGAGGGAGCCCUCUGGGUGUCCACAACUCCCAGAGUCCCCUGCAGCACUUAGGGAUGGCCAUAGAGGGGCAGAUGCUGGGGUACCCAUCUCUGAGCAACAACCUAAGUGAGGUACAGAAGGUUCUCCAGAUUGUAGAUAACACAGUGUGUCGGCAGAAGAUGGAUUGCAAGCCGGAGGAGCUCUCUAAGUUGAAGGCUUACAUGAAGGAGCUGGGCUCCCAGAUUGAGGAGAAGAAGCAGGGCCUGGGGUCACCUGGUGGCCCCCAGACAGGUCUUCCAGUUGUUAGCCACAAUGGUGCCACCAAGAGUAUCAUCGACUACACACUUGAGAAGGUUAACGAAGCCAAAGCUUGCCUCCAGAGCUUGAACAUGGACUCUAAGAGACAAAUUAGCAAUAUCAAGAAGGAGAAGUCAAAUCACACAAUAGAUUUGGGUACAGAGGAGAAGAUGCAUGAGAACAACAUAAUGUUUACACCCUUUUCUUGCCAAUACUGCAAAGAAAUCUUCCCAGGCCCCAUUCCCUUGCACCAGCACGAGAGGUAUCUGUGCAAGAUGAAUGAGGAGAUCAAGGCGGCGCUGCAGCCCAGUGAAAACAUCCUGCCCAACAAGCAGGGGAUGUUCACGGAGAAGCACGCCCAUCUGCUCUCUUCCAUUAUCUCUGAGAAGGGCAUUACCAGCCCCAUCAACCCAUACAAGGACCACAUGUCAGUGCUCAAAGCGUACUUUGCCAUGAACAUGGAGCCCAACUCAGAGGAACUACUGAAGAUCUCCAUAGCAGUCGGCCUGCCUCAGGAAUUUGUGAAAGAAUGGUUUGAGCAGAGAAAAGUGUACCAGUAUGCCAAUUCCAGGACCCCUCCUUUAGACAGAAACAAUAUGGAAGUGGGUCUUCCCAGCACUAACCACACGCCCAACAAGGACUCCAUAAACGCUCGGUCUCCUCUGUCUUUGGUCAAACCAAUGGACCGAAUCACGUCGCCCUCCAUUGCCGAGCUCCACAACAAUAUCAACAACUGCGACGCACCUCUCAGGCUCUCCAAAACACCCCAGUUCCCUGGGCCCAAGCACCUCGGCGAGAAGUUGGACCACUCCAGGAGCAACACGCCUUCUCCUCUCAACCUGUCCUCUGCCUCCUCCAAAAACUCCCACAGCAGUUCCUAUACGCCGAACAGCUUUACGUCUGAGGACCUGCAGGCUGAGCCGCUGGACUUAUCUCUGCCAAAGCUCAUGAAGGAACCCAAGCACGUGCUUUCCAUUAAGAGCCAGCCCAAGCCUAACAGUGUCCCCUUGGACCACAACCCCAUCACAUCGCCCCGGGAACACCUGGAGGAGCCACUCAAUCUUGCCUACCUGUCCAAGAAAGAUUUUGGCAGCCCCAAUGGCAAUGGCAACCUGGACAAAAGCACUAGCCCCAUGUUUGGCAUCAACCCCUUUGCCGCCAAACCCCUGUACACUUCCUUGCCCCCUCAAAGCGCAUUCCCCCCAGCCACCUUCAUGCCCCCAGUACAGGCCAGCCUCCCAGGGCUCCGGCCCUACCCCACGCUCGACCAGAUGGGCUUCCUGCCGCACAUGGCCUACACUUAUGCCACGGGAGCCGCCAGCUUUGCCGAGAUGCAGCAGCGGAGAAAAUACCAGCGGAAACCAGGGUUCCAGGGGGAGCUGCUUGACGGCACGCCAGACUAUCUAUCCGGCCUGGAUGACAUGACAGACUCAGACGCCUGUCUGUCCCGGAAGAAGAUUAAGAAAACAGAAAGUGGUAUGUACGCGUGUGACCUUUGCGACAAAACAUUCCAGAAGAGCAGUUCCCUCCUAAGACACAAAUAUGAGCACACAGGUAAAAGGCCGCACCAGUGCCAGAUCUGCAAGAAGGCCUUCAAACACAAGCACCACCUGAUCGAGCACAGCCGGCUGCAUUCCGGAGAGAAGCCGUACCAGUGCGACAAAUGCGGCAAGCGCUUCUCUCACUCGGGCUCGUACUCACAGCACAUGAACCACCGCUACUCCUACUGCAAACGUGAGGCGGAGGAACGCGAGGCGGCCGAGCGUGAGGCACGGGACAAGGGUCACUUGGAGCCCACCGAGCUCCUGAUGAAACGGGCUGCUUACCUGCAGGGCCUGAGCCCGGCCGGGUACCCUGAGCGGGUACCCGAGCGCGACCCCAUCCUGCGGGACAGCAUCAACGGAGGCGCUAGAGAGCGACCCGCCAAAGAGGCAGAGGAAGCGGGAGGCGGGGCUUACAGCAAGCUGGGCCGGAGGGAGGAGGAGUUUGAGGAGGAUGAGGAAGAGAGCGAAAACAAAAGCGUGGACACGGACCUGGACACGGCACGGGACGAGGAGGACAACGCCGACCACUCAAUGGACGACAGCUCGGUGGAUGGCAAGACGGAAACCAAAUCCGACCACGAGGACAUCACGGAGGACGGCAUGUAAUAAAGACUACUGUAGGCUCUUUAAGCCCCACCCCCUUUUCCACCACCCAGCUUCCCUUUUUUUAUUUCCUCCAUUAACCCUAGCGCAUUCACCUGCUCCAUACGGUAACCGCGGCAACCAGCGGACAUGCACGAGCUGCUGGAUUCCUGCCAACAUCCAUCUGACAGACUGGGAAAAAUAGAAAAAAAAA